AUGACGUGCGCGCUGACGCUCGCGGCCGCGGCGCCGCGCGUCGCGGCGACGGCGUCCCCGCUCGCGGCCGCGUCGUCGUCGCGGCGUCGUCGCCUCGGCGCGACGACGACCGACGCCGCCGCCGCCGCCGUCCGUCGCCGCCGCCCCGCGCGCCGCCGCGCCGCCGCCGCCGCCGCCGCCGCCGCGAGCGACGACGACGACUCGCACUACUACUCCGGCGACGCGAGAGGACCGAACGCGGUGGAGGACGUCGUCGAGCUCUACCUCGCGAGGGCGCGCGCGACCGCCGCCGAUUCCGAUCCGUCCUCGAUCGUCGAUCCCGACGACGACGGUCCGCCGCGCGGCAGAGGGAAGGGAAGGGUCUACCUCAUCGGCACCGGCCCGGGCGACCCCGGACUCCUCACCCUGAAGGCGUUCCACCUCAUGCAGACCGCGGACGUCGUCCUGUACGACCGCCUCGUCGCGCCCGCGAUCCUCGACAUGGUCCACGCGGACGCGAGGAUGCUCUACGUCGGGAAGCAAGCCGGGUUUCACACGCGCACGCAAGACGAGAUCGAGGCGAUGCUCCUCGGGUUCGCGGAGGUGGGCGCGACGGUCGUCCGCCUGAAAGGCGGCGACCCGCUCGUGUUCGGCCGCGGCGGCGAGGAGAUGGAGGCGCUCAUGGCCAGAGGCCACGCCCUGAGCAUCGUCCCGGGCGUCACCGCCGCCGCGGGCGUCGGCUCCGAGCUCGGGAUCCCGUUGACGCACCGAGGCGCCGCGACGUCCGUGCGACUGCUCACCGGUCACCUGAGAGAGGGCGCGGCGAAGGAGGCGGCGUCCGGGGAGGGGAACGCGGUCGCGGACCCGAUCGACUUCGCCGUCACCGCCGCGGAUCUGGACACGACGCUGGUCGUGUACAUGGGAUUGGGGACGCUGCCGAGUUUGGCGGGGAAGCUGAUCGCGUCCGGGUUUCCGCCGGAGACGCCCGCGGUGGCGGUGGAGCGCGGGACGACGCCGCGGGAGAGGCGCGUGUUCUCCGCGCUCGGCGAGCUCCCGGACGCGGUGCUCGAGUGCGAGCUGAAGUCGCCGACGCUCAUCAUCAUCGGGAAGACGGUCGCGCUGUCGCCGUGGUGGCCGCGGAAGGCGGGCGAAAAAGCGGCGGAGGGGGGGGGGACGUUCGUCCUUCAGGAGGGGCUCGCGGAGGAGGACACCGCGGCGUGGUUCGAGCGCGACGGCGCGACGGUGAGGAAGCUUCGAGCGAUGGGUAACGCGGAGAGGAAGGCGGCGGCCGCGGGGGGGGAGAGCGCGCGAUAG